AUGGACACCAGGACAGCCACCGCAGAGCUGGGCUGGACAGCCAAUCCUGCAUCAGGGCCUGCCCUGCAGGGAUGUUCAAGGCCAGCCAGGAAGCUGAGGGCUGCUCCCACUGCCCCUCCAACAGCCGAUCCCCUUCAGAGGCGUCUCCCAUCUGCACCUGCCGGACCGGCUAUUACCGAGCAGAUUUUGACCCCCCGGAAGUGGCAUGCACUAGUGUUCCAUCAGGUCCCAGAAAUGUCAUCUCCAUCGUCAAUGAGACAUCCAUCAUUCUGGAGUGGCACCCUCCAAGAGAGACAGGUGGGAGGGAUGAUGUGACCUACAAUAUCAUCUGUAAAAAGUGCCGGGCAGACCGCCGGAGCUGCUCUCGAUGCGAUGACAACGUGGAGUUUGUGCCAAAGCAGCUGGGCCUGACUGAGUGCCGUGUCUCCAUCAGCAGCUUGUGGGCCCACACCCCCUACACCUUUGACAUCCAGGCUGUCAAUGGAGUCUCCAGCAAGAGCCCCUUCCCCCCACAGCACGUCUCUGUCAACAUCACCACAAACCAAGCUGCCCCUUCUACUGUUCCCAUCAUGCACCAGGUCAGCGCCACCAUGAGGAGCAUCACCUUGUCAUGGCCACAGCCUGAGCAGCCCAAUGGCAUCAUCCUGGACUAUGAGAUCCGAUACUAUGAGAAGGAACACAACGAGUUUAACUCCUCCAUGGCCAGGAGCCAGACCAACACGGCGCGGAUCGAUGGCCUGCGGCCGGGCAUGGUAUAUGUGGUACAGGUGCGCGCCCGCACUGUGGCUGGCUAUGGCAAGUUCAGCGGCAAGAUGUGCUUCCAGACCUUGACGGAUGAUGAUUACAAGUCUGAGCUGAGGGAGCAGCUGCCCCUGAUUGCUGGCUCGGCAGCGGCCGGAGUUGUGUUUGUCGUGUCCUUGGUGGCUAUCUCCAUCGUCUGUAGCAGGAAACGGGCUUACAGCAAAGAGGCUGUGUACAGCGACAAGCUCCAGCAUUACAGCACGGGCCGAGGCUCCCCAGGGAUGAAGAUCUACAUUGACCCCUUCACUUAUGAGGACCCCAACGAAGCUGUCCGGGAGUUUGCCAAGGAGAUUGAUGUAUCUUUUGUGAAAAUCGAAGAGGUCAUCGGAGCAGGAGAGUUUGGAGAGGUGUACAAGGGGCGUUUGAAACUUCCGGGCAAGAGGGAAAUCUACGUGGCCAUCAAGACCCUGAAGGCCGGUUACUCCGAGAAGCAGCGUCGGGACUUUCUGAGCGAAGCCAGCAUCAUGGGUCAGUUUGAUCAUCCCAACAUCAUUCGCCUGGAAGGCGUGGUCACCAAGAGUCGGCCAGUCAUGAUCAUCACAGAGUUCAUGGAGAACGGAGCCUUGGAUUCCUUCCUAAGGCAAAAUGAUGGACAGUUCACGGUGAUCCAGCUGGUGGGGAUGCUCAGGGGCAUUGCCGCCGGCAUGAAGUACCUGGCUGAGAUGAACUAUGUGCACCGGGACCUGGCUGCUAGGAACAUUCUGGUCAACAGUAACCUGGUCUGCAAGGUGUCUGACUUUGGCCUUUCCCGCUAUCUCCAGGAUGACACCUCAGACCCCACCUACACUAGCUCCUUGGGAGGGAAGAUUCCCGUGAGAUGGACGGCUCCAGAGGCCAUCGCCUACCGCAAGUUCACAUCUGCCAGCGAUGUCUGGAGCUAUGGGAUUGUCAUGUGGGAAGUCAUGUCAUUUGGAGAGAGACCCUACUGGGAUAUGUCCAACCAAGAUGUCAUCAAUGCCAUUGAGCAGGACUACCGGCUGCCCCCACCCAUGGACUGCCCAGCUGCACUACACCAGCUUAUGCUGGACUGUUGGCAGAAGGACCGUAACAGCCGGCCUCGCUUUGCAGAGAUUGUCAACACCUUGGACAAGAUGAUCCGGAACCCGGCAAGUCUCAAGACUGUGGCAACCAUCACCGCUGUGCCUUCCCAGCCUCUGCUAGACCGCUCCAUCCCAGACUUCACGGCCUUUACCACCGUGGACGACUGGCUCAGUGCCAUCAAAAUGGUUCAGUACAGGGACAGCUUCCUCACCGCCGGCUUCACCUCCCUCCAGCUGGUCACCCAGAUGACUUCAGAAGACCUUCUGAGAAUAGGGGUCACCUUGGCAGGUCAUCAAAAGAAGAUCCUGAACAGCAUUCAUUCCAUGAGGGUCCAGAUGAGUCAGUCGCCAACAGCAAUGGCAUGAGAACUCUUAUCUUCUGGGGGAGGAGAGGAAGGAAAAGGACCAGGCUCAAGGGGGGAACCACUCAGAGGUUGACCACUGCGGAAGGUUCUGGAGAGAUUGGCUUCUCCACUGAGAAAUGCAUUACAUCACUGAAGAAUAAACUGGACCUAGUCCUUAAUAGUCAACCUUCAUUUCUCAGUAACAGAAGCAUGGCUAAAUCGCCGUGGGAAACCAAAUAUAUAAUACUAAAAAUAUGAAAAGGAGACAUUCAAUGGAAGUGAAGACACACCAAUAUGCAUUGUGGGACCAAGAGUAAACUCAGCUCCCCCCUUCAGUGGGCUGGAGUCAUCCAUCCACAGGAAGGAAGGGAAGGAGGUGGCGGGAAGAAACAGCAGCGUUCCAUUUUCUUCCUCACCAAUGACAUUCUUUUCUUUUCUCCUUCUGUACUCCCCCCCCAAGAGCCCUCUCCCUUCUCCCAUGUCCAUUUCCCUUUGCUCACGACUCGUGUAGGGAAGUUUCUUCAAACAAACCCCAGCUCCUGAGUCUCCAGAUGUCAUUCUGUCAGUUGCCAGAGGACUUUGCUGACCACUGCAUGGGGGAUCUGACCAAUUCAAUUAAUGUCUUCAUAUUGAAGAAGAGAUGUACCUUCAAUUGAAAACCUUGUUUUUCUUUUGUUUGCAUUUUCUGCAAAAAGGAAAAAAGAAACCACAAAUUGGAAAAAAAAGAAAAAAAAAAAGAAAAACCUGUUUCCGUGUGCGAGAGCACGCAUAUGUACGUCUGCGUUCUAAAAUGACUGUGCUUGUUUGGAACAGAUGCAAACAAGAAAGAUCUGGGAAGUCUUUGCCCUGGAAAAUUCAAAGGGGCCUGAACGUGAUAUUGGUUGGCCCAGUCGACCUACUGGCUCAGUGGGGAGAGAGGGUAGGAAGAAAAAUAAAAUGAAAUGGGGGAAAAACUCUCAAGAGUUUGCAAAUUCUGAUGGGAAACAGGUGAGUGGUUUGAAUUGGAUGCAGUGUGGGCCAUUCUAGAAAGAUACUGACUGAUUAAUUACUCUGGGUAACAUCUGAAGAGAAGGAGGAAGAAAGUGUUUCUGGAGAAUGUUCUUCCACGUCCUGGAAGCUGCAAUUCAAGAGGUGGCAAGGGAGAGUUCCGCUUACCUUAGCUGUGGACUGACUUAAGCCGCGUGGCAUCUGAAGAAUGUUUCUAAUGUGUCUGUGUCUCUCUGCAUUCCUUCUUGUACCUCAUUGUUCAAUUCACUUUUGUAAAUUCCACCUAACAUUUAAAUAUUUUUAAUUUCUCCUUUUACCUUAAUCUCCUUGCUAAUUUUAUCUGUCUAAUUAAAUUGAGCAGAAGCAUGUCUGGGUUUACAGA